AUGCUUGCCUGCUACAUACGAGAGACCCGUGAGAAAAAAAAAAAAAAACGCAAGAUUGGAGCCUGUUGUGUUUCACGACUUAGCGUGGAGGCUCGCAACCGGAGGAAAGAACAUGUGACGCAAAGUGGUGGAACCUUGCCAUUCUGCGUUCUGCCAAUUCUGGCAUGUGGCUCAUGGUCGUGUGGAGAACAGUAUCCACCUUACCCACCGCGAUAG